AUGGGGAGAGAGAAAGAGAUGGGGAGAUUCAGAUAUGUGGAUCCAGCCGCUACAUCAAGGCCUCAUUCUUCCGCAAGGUCGAGCUCCAAGACCCCUCCAACUAACAAGUCUCCUGUUUCCUCUACACCACCGCCUAAGUCAGCGUUCGUGAAGCUUGCUUCUCCACUCCAAUUCUUAUGA